GAGCCCGAGGCACUUCCGGUUCCGGUGUCAGUUCGAGGCGCCGCCGCCGCAGCCGCCGGAGCCGAGAUGCCUAAAGGAGGGAGAAAGGGAGGCCACAAAGGCCGGGCGAGGCAGUACACGAGCCCCGAGGAGAUCGACGCACAGCUCCAGGCUGAAAAGCAGAAGGCCCGGGAAGAAGAGGAGCAAGGAGAAGAAGGUGGAGAUGGGGCUGCAGGUGACCCCAAAAAGGAGAAGAAAUCCUUAGAUUCAGAUGAGAGUGAGGAUGAAGAAGAUGAUUACCAGCAAAAGCGCAAGGGCGUGGAAGGGCUCAUCGACAUUGAGAACCCCAACCGGGUGGCACAGACAACCAAAAAGGUCACACAGCUGGACCUGGACGGGCCCAAGGAACUUUCCCGGAGAGAAAGAGAAGAAAUCGAGAAGCAGAAAGCAAAAGAGCGUUACAUGAAAAUGCAUUUAGCGGGGAAGACAGAGCAAGCCAAGGCCGACCUCGCGCGGCUGGCGAUCAUCCGGAAACAGCGGGAGGAGGCUGCCAGGAAGAAGGAAGAAGAGAGGAAAGCAAAAGAUGAUGCAACCUUGUCAGGAAAACGAAUGCAGUCGCUCUCCCUGAAUAAGUAGCCGCCUGUGGGAGGAGAUACCAGGGAACCGGGCUGCGCUGCCAGGACCUCUGCCGUGUCUCGCCCACCCUGUGCCCCGGCGCCACUGCAGCAGCCCCUCAUGGCGAGGAGCCCCCCCACGGCCUGGGACCUCCUCUUCAUCUUGGCACAGAAAUCGUUUGGGGGGAUGGUGGGUGGGGGGGCUGGGGGGGGGCAGCUGCUAUCUUUGAGACAGAAAGAUGCAGGACAGCAUUUCAUAUGUACCCAUUCGAAUGUUUUGGCUGUUUUUAGAUUUCCGAACCCUUGUGGGGGUGGGGGUGCCUGGGUUGUGGGGUAAGAGCUUCCAUCUGUCCGGUAGAUAGUGAGGCAGGGGCAGUGGGGCACAGUCGUUGCUGACAAGUGUGCAAGAGCCAGCCCCCUGUCUGUUCCUGGGUGCUGACUCAGAGGGGCUGUCGUCUGGGAGCCGGUGCCCCUGGGUCCCCGAGGGUCAUGGCUCCUCCCCCACCAGUCCCUUCCGGCUGAGGCCUCCCCCUCUGCCCUUCUCACCCCCUUCCCCCACCCUGGCCAGGCCCCGGGCCCCCUCUUAACCCUGCCCGCGGAUCAUUUCAGGAAACCUGUUUACUGUGUAGCACCCAGGCAAAACAUGCUCCACAAACCCAACUUGUAUAUUUGGCAAAUUAAACUUGACAUUAUCGUAA